AUGUAUUGUACACGAAGGAAACGGCUGCAGCUCAGCCGGAUUCUGUUCCUUCUCUCAGGGAUCUUCCUUUGUACUCUCUACCAGCUGAGCAUCAGUGCCAGACUGUCGGAGCCUCAGCUGGUGCCUCAGAUUGGAGAAGACUCUGGAGAGGGCUCAACAGAGGGAGCUGAGGAAGCAACAGUGGAGACUCAGGGGUUGGAGGAACCUGUCACUGAAAUGCACGCUUUAGAGCUCACAGAUCAAACGACACCACCGGCACACAGGACGCAUCACUCGGAAACAGAUUUAGAUUUCACAACAUCUACCAAUGAGGCUGCUAAGUCCCCCGCAUCACCAACCAAAAACCGAACUCUUGUACAUUGCAUCUAUGUGCAACCUGAGCCUCCAAAGGAGAUACCCACAACCACACCCCUGCCACCCGCUACCACCACUGUGCACACCACCAUCCCCGCUUACCCUGGCGAGUCCCCACGUAUGAAGGGAGAAUACCCCCAAGACAUCUUCUCUGUGGAAGACCGCAGAAGAGGCUGGGUUUCUCUUCACAUCUUUGGGAUGAUGUACAUGUUUGUGUCGCUUGCAAUUGUGUGUGAUGAGUUCUUUGUUCCUGCCCUGGGGGUAAUAACAGACAAGUUAGCUAUCUCUGAUGACGUGGCAGGAGCCACUUUCAUGGCUGCUGGGGGCUCCGCCCCUGAGCUUUUCACCUCUUUGAUAGGGGUCUUCAUUGCACACAGCAAUGUGGGCAUCGGCACCAUAGUGGGCUCAGCAGUUUUCAACAUUUUGUUUGUGAUCGGAAUGUGUGCUUUGUUUUCCCGGGAGAUGCUACAUUUGACCUGGUGGCCACUUUUCAGAGAUGUGUCCUUUUACAUCCUUGACCUGGUCUUGCUCAUUAUCUUCUUCUUGGAUAAUGUCAUAUUGUGGUGGGAGAGCAUGAUGUUGAUGGCCAGUUACACCCUCUAUGUCUUUUUUAUGAAGUACAAUGUGCAAAUAGAGCAGGCUUGCAAGGGGCAGCUCUACAGACACAAGAAUAUUGUCAAAGUCAUUGCUGUGGAGGAACCCGAAAAGGCCACUGAGGAAGAGGAAGAUAAAGUCCCCCCUGUUCCAGACAACAAGAAUCGACUUAAGCUGAAGCCAUCGCUACAGAGAGGGGGGAGCUCGGCCUCUUUACACAACAGCACCAUGAGAAACACCAUCUUCCAACUUAUGAUCCACACAUUGGACCCUCUGGGGGAGGCAAAAUUUAAGGAUAAAGCCGCGACCCUGAACAAUGUGGCCAUGGGGAAGGCUGAGAGCAAGACUCAGGCCAAAACAGAAGGUGGAGGAGGCAAAACCGAGCAUAGCAAAGAGCCGGAAGCCGCCCAAGCAAAGGACAAGGAAAAGAAGGAACAGCCAGAGGACAAGAAGGUACUCGCCAACUAUGUCCUGCUGGUUCACAAAAAGCAAAGAAGUGAAUCUUUGAUACCUGUCUAUGAGGAUGUGCCAGCAGGAGAGGGUGGGUCCGGGGGCUCAGAAGACUCUGACAGCGAUGACGAUGAUGACAGUGAAGACAGUGAUGAGGACAGUGAUGAGGACAGUGAUGAGGACAGUGAUGAUGAUGAUGAUGAGAAGGAGGAGGAGGAAGAUGAGGGAGAGGAUAAUGAUGAGCCCUUGUCUUUAAAGUGGCCAGAGACACGGCGUAAACAAGCCACUUACCUCUUGCUGCUGCCCAUAGUGUUCCCGCUGUGGCUAACAGUUCCUGAUGUUCGCAACCCAACAUCCAGAAGAUUCUUUGUGAUGACCUUCCUGGGCUCUAUUCUGUGGAUCGCUGUCUUCUCCUACCUCAUGGUGUGGUGGGCCCAUCAGGUGGGUGAGACAAUUGGCAUCUCAGAGGAGAUUAUGGGUCUGACCAUUCUUGCUGCAGGGACCUCCAUCCCUGACCUCAUUACCAGCGUGAUUGUGGCGCGUAAAGGUUUGGGGGACAUGGCUGUGUCCAGCUCUGUGGGCAGCAACAUUUUUGACAUCACUGUCGGUCUACCAAUACCAUGGCUGCUUUUCUCCGUCACCAACGGGUUGGCUCCAGUGAAAGUCAGCAGCAACGGGCUCUUUUGUGCCAUUGUGCUGCUUUUCCUCAUGCUCCUCUUUGUCAUCAUCUCCAUUGCUUCCUGUAAGUGGAAGAUGAACAAGAUGCUGGGUUUAACCAUGUUCUUGCUCUACUUUAUCUUCUUGGUGCUUAGCGUGAUGCUGGAGGAUCGCAUCAUUAUCUGCCCCGUAUCAAUCUGAAUGGGAUUUUUUUUUUUUGGAAAGCGCUCUCUAUUCCAGGCUCUCUCCUUCCCAUGUGGUCUCUGAAACAGCACUGUUAAUCCAGCAUGCAUAUGGAUUUUGCAGGCUUGGGUCUGGGUAUCGAUAGAAACCUUGCAGGUAACUGCGAUACAGUUGCUCUGCACCGGUGACUGUAAAACAUUGGUAUCUCAGCAGAUAUACACGUACAGCAACUUUUUCUAGAAUACAUUGCAUACAAAAUGGCAGCUUUAAACGGACAUUUUCUUUACCCUGGCAAAUUCCAACUCCUACGAAUGAAACUGAUAUAAUACAUGCAAUAAGGAAGAUGGUAUAACUAUGUGCAACGUUAGCACAGCAGUAAAAGAAUGAGGUUCACUGGUUUCUAAAAUAAAGUCUUGAUAAUGGAACAAAUAAAUAUAAUAGUAAUUAUUAUUAUUUUAAAUAGAUACAUUUAUAUUAUAUAGACAUAUGUAUAUACAUAUAUACAUUGUAUAUAUGUAUACAC